UGGAGCAUUUGGCAAAGCUGCAAAAAUUCGUUUUACAGGGGAAACCAGCUGGGCAUUGUGCGAGCUCCAAACCCACACUCCGUGAAGGAAGAGCUCUACCCUUUUGGGUAUAUCCAUUUCCCUGACUGAGGAACCAUGAACAAGCAAGCCAACAGAAAAACAAUAGAAUAUCACCCAGCAGACUCAAGCAGCAGGAAAAGAGCUUUGCCAAAAAAUAAAUCUUGCCCGAACAUACAUGAAGUAAUGUAUCCGAAUAUACAUGCAAAAGAAAAGAGAACUAUUCCUGCUAACACCCAUCAUUCUAGCAAAUACUUGACAAUGAAGGGCAAGAGUGACUUACAGUUUUCCUCCAAGCCACCUGAAGAGGGAGAAAAUGUGUAUGAGACUGUGAAUUCUUCAAUGCUGGAGGCUGUUCAUUCCUUGAGAAUCCUUCCUGCCAAACCUCUACAAGAAUCUGAAUAUGCAGACAAACGUUGCUUGAGGUCUUCAGGUACCACUUCCCCAGCGAGCAAGAGCCCACCUCAGCUCCUCCAAGGCUCAGCUAUUCGCACGUUUGACCCGGAGGAGAGAACACUGCCAAAUGUAAGAGGAGGAAGAAUGAAAAUACAUGGAUACCAGGAGCCUACACCUCCCCCACGGCCUCCAAAGAUGCUGCCAAAGCAGUAUCAGCCCCUGCCUCCAGAGCCAAGAACGAGCAGCCAGCUCUUUCCCAAGAGAAGCACACUCCGCCAGGAUCCCACCUUUCCAAAAUCAGCAAAAGUCACAAGACAUUCAUCUGUUAGGGAAUCAAAUAAAGCACCUGGAAGAGACCAAGUUACAAGUUUGGGGAAGAAACCUGAAGUAUCUUUUCAAGCACAACAGCAUCCUCCUGAAGCCAGCCCUCAAGGUACACAGAGCUCUAAAAACAUUUGCAGAUCAGGUUCCACAUUAAGUGUAGAUAAUUUGACAGUGAAGAAGCCACCACCUCCUACAUCAUAUGCAGCAUGCAAAAAUAAAUCAAAACAUUUGCUUGUGGAACAGGAAAGGCAAUCUCUUACCCAACCCACUGAAAAGGAUUUAAACAAAUGUGAAUGGUACGUGGGAGAAUAUGAUCGCCAUAAAGCAGAGAAGAUCCUGUUGCAGAAAAACCUCGACGAGACAUUCUUGGUUAGAGACUGUUCAAAGAAAUCGAAGUCUGAACCAUACGUUUUGGUUGUUUAUUAUGGAAGAAGAGUGUACAACAUUAAAGUCCGUUUUCUGGAAGAGAGCCAACAGUACGCCUUGGGAACAGGGCUCAGAGGAGAGUGUAAAUUUAACUCGGUGGAAGAGAUCGUUGACUUCUACAAAUCCGUUCCCAUAACACUCAUUGACGGAAAGGAUCAGUCAGGAAAUCGCAGAGAACAAUGCUACCUCACACAUCCAUUCAAGUCAUGCUGACAUUUUCUGCCUUAUUGUCACUGAGUCAUCUCAAUAGAUAUAAAUAGAACACUUAUUUAAAUGUCUCAAGUGUCAGAUUUGCCUUUUGAGCAAGGAGCUCCCCAUAAUAUAAUGAAGUCUUUUUCAGGUUUACUCCAUUUUUUGAUUGUUGCAUUUUCACUUUGAGGAUACAAGUAAAGGUAUGUCAAUGUAUUAUUUCAUGGGAAAGUGUUGAGACCGAUCCUGGUAUCUUGACAAUGACUGACCAAUUUGCUUAUCUUGCACUCUACCUUCUAACUUAGGAUGGAAAUGAAACUCACCCUUGUUUUGAGAUGAAAAUAAAACUCACCCUUGCUUGCCUAAAUGUCACUGAAACUCCACCAAGUAGCAAAACCUAAUAAAGUAUACCAGCACAAUAUCACAUCCAUUAAAUAAAUAUUCUUGCUUUUAAAAAUACACAUGAAACCCUGUGUGUCAGAGUUCUCACUGUCUAACAAUUUCAUGUGGUGUGCAUAUGUUUGCUCAACAAGCUGUGCUCAGCUGCCACUGAAGUUAGUGUCAGCUGAUGCUUAUAGGUAUUGGAGAUUUUAAAGCUAGCUGUAAUUAAGCAAAUUCUAUUAUUCAAUGAGCACUUAUUAUUAAGCUUAAAUAGCAGAUACUUGUAUUCCAUACCUGUGCCUUCACUUGAAUAAUAGAACCAUUAUGUAAACAGUCACUUUGAAUUCAUACCAGGUGCAAAUGUAGCGAUAAAAAAAUCAUAAGUAGGAAGACUAGAUGUAUUUCAAAACCAGCAAAAAAACAUGCUCCAGUGUGUAUGAGUAAAGAACAUGGGAAUGGGAUAAUUUUUCCAGAAAAAAAAAAUGCAGAAAUAUUUAUUCAUACAAUUUGAGUUUUGGAAGCCUAGCUAAAUUCUGUAUGUAUAUGAAGGCAAACUACAAUACCGUAUGUUCAUUAAGGGAUUUUUCUGCACAGCAUCAAUAAUCUUCCUAAACAUACUCAGAAGUUCGACUAGGUUAUUGUAAUAUACCAAAAAAUGAACCUUACUUACUUUAUUCUUAUAGAAUAGGAACAAGAACAAAACCACUCA